CCCUUUUGCAGGAGGAAAAAGAACCUCUGCUUUUGGCACGUGCUGCAGUGGCGCGCGCGCCUCCCGGGCGGCUUCUGCGUCUUUGGGGCUCCUCGCCAGGCGAGAGAGAUUAACAUCAUUCGUGGCUGCCUGGUAAUUUAACGUUUGGCUUCGUGAGUGGUGCCACCCCACACCCCCAAAAGUCUUGGCAUCUUUUCUGACCUGCUCUCAGUUCAAUUUUGGCCAUUCAGACCUUGUCGGAAGAAAGUGACCACAACAGGAGAUGCUUCGAAUCCUUUUGGAGACAGUGCUGACGCACGGAUCGAAGGAGGAAGCCGUGGAUUCAGUGGGGGGCCUUGAGGCUGUUGAGGCUGGCAGCCCUGGUGAAUACUGGGAAAAAAUUGUAAAAAGGAUCCUGGGUGAAGAGAAAGGCAGCUCCAGCAUCCAUCGCCAACGCUUUAGGCAGUUCCGCUACCGGAAGGCGGUUGGGCCCCGAGAAGUUUGCAGCCGACUUCAUGAUCUUUGUUGCCAGUGGCUGAAACCAGGACAGCAUACGAAAGCUGAGAUGCUGGACCUGGUGAUCCUGGAGCAGUUCUUGACUAUCCUCCCUCCAGAGAUGAAGAACUGGGUCAGAGAAUGUGGAGCGGAGACCUGUUCCCAGGCGGUGGCCCUGGCCGAGGGCUUCCUCUUGAGCCAAGCAGAGGACAAGAAGCAGAAAGUCCAGGGUCUGUUUGUGGAUGCUUCUAACGAUUUCCCCAAAGUUGAGGAGGAGGAGGCUCCAUCCGAUGUCAGACGGAGACCAUUCUUCAGGCAGAUCUUGGAGGGUGAAGAUGCUGUCUUGCAGGGCAAUGGGAAGUCCCUGGUGAUGCCUCCAAAUUCAUCUGCUCUUGUCGCUAAAGAGGCAUCUGCUUCAGCCCAGCCAGCUCUGGGUCCGCUGUCUUUUGAGGAAGUGGCUGUAUAUUUCACAGAGGAAGAAUGGGCUUUAUUGGACGCAAGCCAGAGAGCCUUGCAGUGGGAGGUCAUGGUGGAGAACUACAGAAAUCUGAUCUCUUUAGGGGGGGAUGCAUGGCAGAAUGAGGAUGAAUCACCCAGAAUGUCCUUAAAAAGAGGCAGAUGUACUCAGGAGGGGCUGCAGAGCGGAAGAAUGGAAGAUCGAGCAAAGCACAGGAGAUGGGAUGAAUCCUCUCUUUCUGAAAGUCAUCGUUUCCGGAAAGUAACAGACCCUCCCCAGAUAUGUACUGUGAAUACAUCUUUUGCUUCUGCAAGCGGGGACUUUUGUAAAACAACAAUCCAGGAAAAAAUAAGCACAAGAAAUGCAUCCUUUGUUUCUGAAAGUGUGGAUUCUCCUGAAAUACUCACCCGUGGGAAACUAGGUCAUGAACCGAAAAGGAAUACGUGUCGCAUCUGUGGGAAAAGCUUCACUUAUAAAUCUCUACUGAAUGAACAUGAAACAAUUCACACCAGAGAGAAACCCUUCAAAUGCUCUGAAUGUGGCAUAAGCUUCAGUCAGAUGGCAACCCUGACCUCUCACAAACGAAUCCACACGGGGGAGAAACCCUAUCAAUGCUCCAUGUGUGGAAAGAGUUUUAGCCACAGCAUAACUCUCCAUUCUCAUCGAAGGAGCCACAGAAUUUAAAUGCACAGAACUGGAAAGAGCCUCAGUCAAAAUGCAAAUCUUCCCAGGCAGCAAAGAUUCAUGCAGGGGAAAACUGUAUGGAUCUGUACUGUGGAUGGUGUCCGCCUAAGCGCUUAGGUACAAACUUUUAUAAAUCUCUGUCAGCCUUUUUAGCAGCUGCCUAAAACCAAAAGUUAUUCUUUUCCCAACAUGAGUUUCCCAGAGUUCUCUUUAGCUAGUUUGAUUGAGUUGAGAGGGAUUGGUUUACUAGAAUUCCAGCAAGUGAAUUACUUUCAAUUUAGAACUACAUAUAUGUUAAGGUGAGAACCAGCUUGGUGUAAUAGUCAAGGUUCCAAGCUAGAAACUGGGAGACCCUGGUUAGUAUUUGGAAGGGAAAGCCCAGGUGAAAAGCUAAAUGGGGAAUGGAAAGAAAAACAGCUGGGAAGAAAGGAAUGGCAAGCUGCUUCUUUGUGGUUGCCAAGAAAGCUGCACCCACGAAGUCUUUAGUGGUUGAGCUUGAAUCAAAGGGGACUUUACUUUUUAAUGGAUUCAAUGUAUGCACAUCUAAGGUCUCCACUUGUUUUUGUCUCCUGGGGCCUGAGUUGGCUUGUGAUGAUGGAUUAAGAAAGGGAGUUUUAAAUGAUUUAGCACGGGGUCACCUUGAAAAAUAAGACUUUAAUUCAAUGGAUCAUUAAGGAAAGGUUUAAAAUAGAAAUGCCAGCAUGAUAGUCCUUUUUAAAUCAAUCCAGGUGCAGCCACACUUGAAAUAAUUGUGACUGAUUCAAACUUCCACAUCUCCAGAUGUUCUUUAUAAAGUUGGAAAAGGUGCCAGAAAGGCUUACUGGAACCAUUGGAGGAUUGUUGAAUGCUUGUAAUGAAAGGUAGAUAGACAGACACAUAUAUAGUCCAUCAUUUUAGUUUAAAAUUCUAGAGAUUUAUACAGUUAUGCUCCUUCCUCAUUUGUCAAACCAGAUUUAUGGGUCAUUUAAUAAAUCUUCACACAAGAAAUGGUUCCAUCUUUUGCACAUUUAGUAUCAUUUGGAUAUGAAAACGUGUCAACACCCCUCAUGCCAGCAUAUUGCUUCAUGAGCACAAUUCACAGUCCUGAUUUGGACUUCUCAUAUACAGUAGCUGUAAAAACAGCUUUUUUGACCAUACCCUGUGGAUACCCCUGAUCUCUGGGUAAAAGGAUCUGGCAACAAGUGUGAUGGAAAGCUUUUCUCUUCCUGAGACCCUGAAGAGUUGCUGUCGGUCACUGACUGUUGAUGGGGCUUGAAGGACAGAUAAUCUGAGCAAUUACAGUACUAUCUUGCCUUUCUUCAAAGGAAUGGUUGGAUCCCAACAAGACAGAUUGGAAUUGGGGGUUGUCUUGUUUUAAAUGGGGUUGUACUCCCUCAGAAGUAAUAGGUAUAAUUUGGGGGAGGCACUCCUAGAGUCAUCCUUGUCCCCAGAGGAACCUCUAUGACUAAGAGUGUCUGUAGCAGCUUUGGUGGGUAUAUGCCACUUCUACCUGCUCCCAAAAGGGACAGCUAGCUACAGACCUUUGUGUGCUGGUCACCCCACAUUUGCAUUAUGUGGGGAUCCCAGGUCUUCCAUUGGCUCCAGAAGCUAUAGCUGGUGCAGGAGGUUGGGGCACCUGGGUGUGCAUAUGAGGCCCCUUUGGAAAAACAAUUGCCCUGGCUGCCAGCUAGUCUGGGGCCUUACAAGGUACCAGACUAGGAAACCGGGGCAUAUACAGUGCAUUCGGAAAGUAUUCACUUUUUUUCAAUUUUGUUAUGUUGCAACCUGAUACUACAAUCGUUCAAAUUUG